AUGCUCAAAGGUGAGCGUCAAGUAGAUGUUGCGGUGGAAGCUAUUGUGUUUGACAUUAAGAUGCUUGCUGGCAAGCUCCAACAUGUUGUUUUUUUAGCUACUCCCGGUCAGUGUAAUAAGGCAGCGCAUGAGGUUGUGGCCUCUGUGUCUAGAGUAGGUGGUAACCACAUUUGGGACCAAGUGUCGCCUAAGUGGAUUUUUGAUAUUUUAGUUAGUGAUGUAAACCUUGCUAUUCGUCUUUAA